UAUAAAAGCACCUGCAGUACUAGGCUCCUGCAAACCUACUUUUCAGUAGCAUUAAAUGGGGAGUGCACAACAUUACCCUAAAAAUUUCAAUGGUUCCACUACACAGUAGUAGUACACACACAAGUCACAACAUUCAAAUUUCUCCCUUUCACGUUACAGGAUAUAAACCCACCUCCACUUACAUUUUUCUUCACAACCCCAACUCCAUCCUCAAUCUCUUUCGAACCUCCAACAAAUUCUGUAUUCUUCUUUGAAACCUCAGAAAAGAAUUCUUUUUUUUUUUUUGGCUCGAAGUUCGUUGUUUUUCUUCCUCCACCUAUUUCUGGGUAUAGUUUUUCGUCCUCCGGUACUACACGGCAGUCUCUUUCGGAACGUCCCAUCAGACCACAAGCAAAACAGAAGAAGAGUGAACUUGAUUCCUUGCUUUAUACGUGAGAAAUCUUCCAACUCUUAUUUUUCUUUUGUCUUAAUUUUGUAGUUAUUAUUGUCUUAGUAGUUAAUAUAUAAUACUUAUCUGUUUUUUAUGUUGUAGUUUUGGCAUUACUUUAUUAUUUUCUUACCUAUAUCAUUAUUUGCCUUAAAUUAUCAAUUAGUUAGGAUUAUUUUUGCAUUAAUCUAUUUUAUAUUAAAUGAGUCAUUUGCUACUAAGAAACAAAUGGAUGAUUUUUUUUUUUUGGUUAUCUGUAGUAAUAGUUGUAGGGAAGUAGUAAUAUACUUGAUAUAGUAAAGAUAGAAGGUUAAGAUAGAUAUUCGUUUUUUUUUUUUUAAUGAGAUGUGCGUGGGUUGGUGUUGAUGAAAAUGUAGUGUUCCAUACAAGAUAGUUGGGGAAAUAUUUAGUAAUUUUUGGCAAUAGAUGAUAGAGGAAUAAGAGGAAAGUUGUUUCUUUGUAGCCAAGACAAGACAAGACGGGGAAAAUAAUUUGCAGGGGAUGGGAUUUUCAGUAAAGAAAAGAGAUAUUUUGGUGAAUUUGUUUUAACUUUUAGACAAGACAGGGAAAAUAUUUUGCAGGGGACCGUUCUCUUUCUACUAGGCUCCAUGCUUCCCCCACCCUCCUCUCUCUCUCCAUGCUUCCCCACUCCUCUCUCCAUUUUUAAAUGUCAAGCAUAUCUCCUCUCUCCAUUGUACUACAAAAAAAAUUGAAUCAGAAGCUCCAACUUGUUCAUCUUCCACUACUACUACAAUUAUUGAUACUUCUUCACUGCUAAUUUUGUUAAAAACAGAAGUUUAUAAUUUGUUUCCUCUUCAUCACCCAUAAACUUCGAGAAAAGCUGCUCAAAUUAUGACUUGCUUGGGUUGUUGUUGGGAGUGUUUAAAAGAUUGUGGUAAACAUGUUAAGGAUUUUUUUUGCACAAAUAGAAAAUCGUUAAGAAAGUGGUCCCUACGUUUGGCGUUUGGAUGGUUUACAAUAUGUGGGGUGCUAAUUAUUGUAUUCACAGCCGAGUAUGGUAGGACUAAAAACCCUUUAGCAGUUUGUAGCUUCCCCUAUUUCUCUAAUACUACACUCCUAGUCUGACUUCCGAAUUACAUGAUAAGAACCCGUAUUUUUCUACCAUUUUAGGUCUUCUUCUUGGCAUUUUCAGUAUUCUGUGGUGCACACAUAUAUAUUUGCUUAACAAUGUGGAUCAAAUUUUCAUGUGCAAAUGGUUUGUGGAACCACAAAGUCCUUUUCAACUCACCUUCUUCUUCUUUGUCUCGCUUGUCUUUUCUGUCAUACCUAACGCCUUCAAAAAUUACGAUUACUUAUAUUUUGCUUCUGCCUUAAUGAUGAUGAUAUGGGUUUUUUUAGUUCAACUAUUUUUCCAAUCUAAGUCGGACACUGGGUUAUAUGGGAGUGUUGUGUCAGCUAGUUUGUCGAUUUUACUAAGUAUAAUUCAAUGUUACCCGACGCAUACCCGCGACAUUGUUGCGGUAUGCGUCGGUUUUUCCCUAUACUUAGGUUUACAUUAUUAUUACCAGCUCGUCACCUACACCCCAUAUCCAGAACGGAUACUUAUUCAUUUACGGGAUGCUAGACCAUUUAUUGAGGGUAGGUAUGAAAUUAGAGAAGUGAGAGAUGCAGAGCUAACAUUGUUGCAAAGCGAAAUGGGGUGGCAAAAUGCUCUUUUUCAUAUCAUCCAGGCUGAAAAUACAUGCAAAAUCGUGUCAUGUGCGAUGUAUUGUGAUGAUGUGAGAGAUUCAGUGAGGGAACUUGAGAAUGAGAAUGAGAAUGAGAAUGAGAAUGAGAAUGAGAAUGAGAAUUGGAACUACUUAUUGAAAUUCUAUAAACUGGUAAGAGUGAGUCAAAUGAUACAAGAGGAAGAAAGUCAAGAGUCACCUUUAAGUGAAGAGCAACCUUUAGAACGCAGGAGUAAAGACCCACAAACUCAGGCAGGGCAUGAAGCAGAUCUUGAAAUGGGUGGAGCAGCUUUUGUUGAUCAGACAAGCAGUGAGGAGCGCAUGAAAAAGGUGGUCAAUGAAGGGGGAGAACAAUAUCAUGAUUUUGAUUCUGGCAUUAGCAGAAGGAUAAUUGAAAUUCCCAAUGAUAAGGCUGAUGCAGAAGGUUCACCUGCCUUUGCGGCUCGAGGUUUUACUGCUGCAAGUACCUCUGGAUCUAAGGAGACUGAGGCAACUGUUUCGGGUAACAAAGUAAGUUUAGCAGAGGCUGAUGCAGAAGGUUCACCUGCCUUUGCGGCUCGAGGUUUUACUGCUGCAAGUACCUCUGGAUCUAAGGAGACUGAGGCAACUGUUUCGGGUAACAAAGUAAGUUUAGCAGAGGUGUGCUUCUUGGCAAUGCUUUGAUGUUUGUCUUUCUUAUGAUUUAUAUCUUUUUCAUUGCUGCUAUAUUCUCUAGUUCUGCAGUUUUUACUAGCCCAGUCUUUUUUUUUGUUUGUUUUUGUUUUCCAAUUACGCGUUCACUAUAUACAUGCUUCGUUUCUUUCUCGUGAAACCUUUUACUUGAAUUUUUCUGAACUUAAGUGGGCCUUGUUUGAAUUGGACUUGUAGGAACUUACAUGGACAUUUUUUUUCUGGUGACAUAUUUUUUCAAAGUGAAUAAACCUAGUUUGUGUUAUUGCUAUCUUGGAGGUCAAAUCGAUCAUUUAAUCGUUUACAAAAUGAACAAAAAUCAUGGAAUCUCUGGUACCUAGAUGUUCUCUGGAAACUUGUCCCUAGUCAGAUGAGAAUGCACCAACCCCUGCAUUUCUGAUUUCUCUAAUGCUUCUGACGAAUUCCAGCUCUAGAUAAGGUAGCUAAUUGGAUUGAUUGUCAACAUAAUAUGCACCAACGCUGGAUACUGCACAAUAAACUAGUAGCUCAGUCAAUAUAGUGGGCAAUUUUAAUCUUGUUUAUUGUAACUCUAAAAUAGAAAUAUUAAACCCUUGACUCUGUUGGAAAUGGACAAUGAGUGAAUGUGCAAGAAUCAAGAUUGGUGCCGGAGUGUGCAUGUGUCUCAUAUUCAUUUCCCCUUUACGUUCCCUCUCAAGUUGUCUGGUUUUAUGUUUUAUACCUCUUGUACAAUAUUUGCAGGCUGAUGCAGAAGGUUCACCUGCCUUUGCGGCUCGAGGUUUUACUGCUGCAAGUACCUCUGGAUCUAAGGAGACUGAGGCAACUGUUUCGGGUAACAAAGCUGAUGCAGAAGGUUCACCUGCCUUUGCGGCUCGAGGUUUUACUGCUGCAAGUACCUCUGGAUCUAAGGAGACUGAGGCAACUGUUUGGGUAACAAAGUAAGUUUAGCAGAGGCUGAUGCAGAAGGUUCACCUGCCUUUGCGGCUCGAGGUUUUACUGCUGCAAGUACCUCUGGAUCUAAGGAGACUGAGGCAACUUUUUCAUUGCUGCUAUAUUCUCUAGUUCUGCAGUUUUUACUAGCCCAGUCUUUUUUUUUGUUUGUUUUUGUUUUCCAAUUACGCGUUCACUAUAUACAUGCUUCGUUUCUUUCUCGUGAAACCUUUUACUUGAAUUUUUCUGAACUUAAGUGGGCCUUGUUUGAAUUGGACUUGUAGGAACUUACAUGGACAUUUUUUUUUCUGGUGACAUAUUUUUUCAAAGUGAAUAAAACUAGUUUGUGUUAUUGCUAUCUUGGAGGUCAAAUCGAUCAUUUAAUCGUUUACAAAAUGAACAAAAAUCAUGGAAUCUCUGGUACCUAGAUGUUCUCUGGAAACUUGUCCCUAGUCAGAUGAGA